AUGCCUCUCUCCUUCUGCGGAAGUGACAACAGCUCCGCUUACAGCGUGGACAAGGGCGUCCUCAAAAAUGCCUGCUUUGUGGAUGCUCUCAACCUGGUGCCUCACGUCUUCCUGCUCUUCAUCACGUGCCCCAUCCUCUUCAUAGCGAAGACUAAUCUUGUGGGAAUCUCACCGGCAUCUGUGGCAAAACCCGUCAGACCGAAGGUUUUGGGUUUAAGUUAUAUUUACCAUUGCGACACUGCCUCAUGUGACAGUGAUGGACUACGCUCUUUGUUGUUGCCCAUUGACUGCGGUGCAGGCUGGGGCAGCCAGAGCUCCAAGGUGCAGAUCCACCACAGCACGUGGCUACACUUCCCGGGGCAUAGCCUGCGAUGGGUCCUCACAUUCACCCUCUUCUUCGUGGGCUUCUGCGAGAUCGCCGAGGGCAUGGUCUCGGACAGCUUCCUGCCAACGAGCCACCUCCACCUCUACAUGCCACCCAUGAUGGGGUUCAUCGCUGGCUUGGCCUCCAUCGUCUAUUACCACAACAUCGAGACGUCCAACUUCCCGAAGCUCUUGCUGGGUAAGCCACAUAUCUUACAUUCCUGUCUGUGCAGUAUUUUAUUUAGCUGUUAAUUGUACACUUAGAGCAGGGCUGCGUUAUUGGCAAGCAGAUCGCAGGGCAGAACAAUCAAUUGUAUUGUACUUCUAUGUUCCUAA